AUGAAGCUCGCCGUGUUCAGCACCAAGCCGUACGAUAAGCGCUACAUUGAAGCAGCUCGUAGCGCUGCCGCUGCGAAAGCCAAAGAAUCGCCUGCAAGUCAUCCUGCCUCUGCAGAUAUCGAGAUUGUCUUUCAUGAGUUUGCACUUGAGGAAGAUACCGUGGCACUUGCGAAGGGGGCCGAUGCCAUCUGUGCUUUUGUGAAUGAUACUUUGAGUGCGCCUGUGGUAGAGGCGUUGGGUCGGCAGGGCGUCAAAGCGAUUCUCUUACGAUGUGCUGGCUUCAAUCAUGUUGAUCUCGUUGCUGCUGAGAAGGCUGGCAUCAUGGUUGCCAAUGUGCCGUCGUAUUCGCCCGAGGCGGUUGCUGAGUUUGCGGUUGCGCUGAUUCAGACGUUGAACCGAAACACGCAUCGAGCUUAUAAUCGGGCGCGAGAGGGCAAUUUCGCGCUGGAUGGGUUGUUGGGCCGGACGUUGCAUGGCAAGACGGUUGGGCUUAUAGGCACGGGCAAGAUUGGGAUUGCGACGGCGCGGAUUAUGAAGGGCUUUGGAUGUCGGAUUCUGGCGUAUGAUCCGUAUCCGUCGCCGGCGUUGGAGGGCAUUGGGGAGUAUAAGAGUCUGGAGGAGGUUCUCCCUGAAUCUGACAUUAUCACUUUGCACUGUCCCUUGAUGGAUAGCACUCGACGGAUCAUUAACGAAGACGCGCUCGCAAAGAUGAAGCCCGGCGCGAUGCUCAUCAAUACUUCCCGCGGUGGACUCGUUGAUACGCGAGCUGUUAUUAGGGCUCUCAAGACGCAGCACCUGAGCGGCGUGGCGCUGGACGUGUAUGAGGGCGAAGGCGCGCUGUUUUACGAUGAUCACUCGGGGGAGAUUAUCCAUGAUGAUGUGCUGAUGCGGCUGAUGACGUUUCAUAAUGUGAUUGUGACGGGCCAUCAGGCGUUUUUCACGCAGGAGGCGUUGGGGGAGAUUGCGGAGUGUACGUUGAGGAAUAUUGAUGAGUUUGUGGCGACGGGGACGUGUAGGAACUCGUUGACGAAGGAUUUGAAGCUUGUGAAGAGGGAUUCACUGCCUGUGAGGGGGGUGUGA